AUGUCCUUUAAAACUUGCAAUGUUAGCAAUAUGUCCUUGGCCAGAUAUUUGGCCUUGGUGCGGAACACCUGGCUGUAAUACUAUACACGCCUUUUUCAGAAUUUCUCCCACGCGUCCUGCUUACACUUAUGAUGACCAAUAUGAAGGAAUACUUUUAAAGACAGAAGGAAACGAAUCGGGGGAUUCUGAAGAAAAAUUGGAACCCAUAGUUCCUAAUUCAAAUCAUCAGCUAAAACAGGACAAAAUAAUACAGGAAUCUCAAAAACAUUUACCUAAUAUCAAAGCGAAAGAAAUUGAAUGCCAAUCCAAUAAUCAUAAAUCUACUCAAACUCCUGAGAAUUUGUUGCAACUAGAAACUUCUAAAACAAAUCCUCAAGUUCAUCCAAAAUUAUCGCAAUCAGAUACUUCUACAGCAAAUUACGAAAGAAAUGUCAAGGAGAAUAAUAAAGCCGCAAAAGUUUCUCCCAAAGUAUCGCAGUCAGAAACACUUAAAGCAAACCAUAAAGUUAUCCGUAAAUCCACACAAGGUCCUCCAAAGAUAUCACAACCUAAAAUUUUUGCAUUAAAAUACGAAAAUGAUGUCAAGAAAAAUUUAGGUUCCCAAAAAAUACAAAUCGAACAUAAUAAUAAAAGAAAUGAUGAAACAACAAAAGCUUCAAAAGAUACAAACAUAAUCGAAAACGAAAAAGAAAAUUUCUCUAUGAUUAUUUUAGACGACAUCACCGAAAAUGAUACUAUAUUACAUGAGCAUGAUUCACGUCUGAUCACACAGAGAACUACAUUCCCCGCUUUGGACAACAUCUUUGCGCGGAAACGUAUUAUGCCUCUUAAAUCAUUUGUCAAUAAAGAAGUACAGGCUGGAACGGGAUUAUUUGAAACGUAUAAUCUCGCUUGUCAAACAAGCUUUUCGGGAUAUGUUUCAAAUGGUGUUAUUAAUCCGAAUUCGCAUACUGGAGAUGAAUUUGUAUCUGAAGCAAACAAUGAGAUGCAAACUGAAAAGCAAAUGAAAAUUAUCGCCGAGUCUAACGUCCAGGUAGCAACUGUUACAAAUAAUAGUAUUGGUGAAACGCUAAGUUUGGCAAAUAAGGAUCAGAUUAAGGAAGACUCAAUUGCAAAACCACAAGUAAUAUCCAACACUAUCACCGAACUUCACGAAGCAAAUGAAGUUGGACUUGAUGAUUAUUUUAAAGAGUCUGAUGCAGAUAUCGGAAGCGAGGGUAGUAUCGAAGACGAUGAUGAAAAUUUGAUUGAAAGUCAAAACGAAAAUAAUGAGGUCAUGGAAGACGAGUUUUUAAAUUAUCAAUUAAAUCGAGGACCAAUUGUCGAAAAUUCGUUAUGCUCAAUUCCGCCCACUAGAAACUUGGAAAAUGAUUCUUUUGAAACGCAGAAAAGCAGCGAAGCUAUCGAAAAUGAAUCAAUGGUUUCAAAACAUCAAAUUAUUGAAGAUGCACAAACAGAUAUAAAUGCUAAGAGAACUACCAUGGUUACUUUUGCACCAACUAUUAACUAUACAUCGGAAAAUGAUAGUGUACUUGGUGAUAACUCUGAACAAUUGAACGAAGCAAAUCUUUCUCGGAGUGAAAAUAAUGAAGAUUCUAUUCAUCUUACGGAAAAAUGGAUAACUGCCGCUUUAUGUAAACAAUAUCCUAAUCCAAAGGAUUGGGAAUAUAUUGUUGAUUGCGACUUAAGUGGAAAAGAACUUGAAUCGGUUUAUUUUUUGGACAAUUUCAUGCCAAGGUUGGAAAAAAUAUCAUUAAACAAUAAUAAUUUAGAAUAUCUACAUGGGUUGCCAUCGGUUCUGACUACCUUAAAAGUUGCAUCCAACAAAUUAACAGGCAUGACAGAUUUCAGACAUUUACCCAAUUUACAAUAUUUGGACAUUUCAGAUAAUUUAAUUGAAGAUCUGAAUGGGUUAGGAAAUCUUCGAGAGCUAGUAGCACGCGAUAAUUUCAUUGAGAGUUUUAGUGGCGUGUUUUGCUUAAAAUCCCUCCAAAGGUUGAUCCUGAAAAGAAACAAAUUUACUGAAGUCGAUUUCACAACGUGUAAUUUACAUCUUUUGGAGAAUUUGGAUCUAUCCGAAAAUGAUAUCGAAAAAAUUAACGGACUUGGUUCAUUGAAAGCGCUCAAAUGUUUGGAUUUAGAACGUAACAACAUACGAGUCUUCAAUCCAUCUCAAAUAAUGAACACGCUUGCAUGUCUAAAACUCGGACAAAAUAAAUUAAUUGAACUGAAUGUUAAGCGAACGCCUAAUCUUCGAGUCCUCGUUUUGGACCAUAACGAACUGAAAGAAAUAAAGAAUUCAGAGAUGCUCACGAGAAUCGCGACCUUCUCAAUACGAAAUCAAAAAAACGAUAAUAAAGUUAAUCUUAACUUUAAGCAUUUACGAGGAGUCGAAAAAUUAUAUCUAACUGGGAAUCCGCUUACGAAAUUAGAAACGAUGACCGAAUUCUUUAAGCUUGAUCUCAUCGAACUCUCCAACGUUGGAUUAAAAGAACUACCUGAAAAGUUUUAUGAGAUAUGUCCAGGAGUUUCCUAUAUAAAUCUUAAUUAUAAUCACCUCAUAGAUAUUCGUCCUCUUCGAAGAUUAACACGCUUGAAGGAACUGACAGUAAUUUGCAAUGAAUUAAGCGGCCAUGAAAUACUUGAAGUUAUCAAACGAUUGUCAACGUUGAAGUAUUGUGAUUUAAGAUGCAAUCCAAUCACCAUGAAAUUCUACCCAUCUCUUGAAUCCCUGCUCAUCGCGUACGAAUCAAAAAAACAUAUAUGGGAUAUAACACAAAAUAAAAAAGAUCAAAAGGAAUGGGAUCUUCGUGACGAAGAAUUCCUAAAAAAUAUAUCAGACGAUAUAUAUGUGAAGAGAAGUUAUUAUCGAUUUUCUAUAAUUCGUCGGUGUCCGAAUAUGGUAUGCUUGGAUGGUUUGAAAGUUGAAGAGAGUGCAAGGAUCGAAGGUGAAAAAUGGUAUCGACAAUUGCCCGUUGGCAUUCAAUAUAUGAUCUAG